AUGGUUCGACAAGCGCCUAACCAACGCAGCUUCUGGUGCUGGACACACUCUUCAAUGAAAGUCCCCUUUGCAAAACUGAGAACUCGCUUUCUAAUUGGCUCGUUACGGAUUCGUGCUGCAAAACUGUGGCCUCUCCAGGCCUUCAACGCUUGUUGUCGCAGAACCAUAGUUCAUGUAGAACGGUACCGGCCGAUCCGCAACGAGGCAAUUGGAAAACGAGUGAUCGGUCGUGAAACGGGGUCUUCGAUCGAAGAAUGCGUCCAGCAUCAAAAGCCGCUGUGGCUAAAUCAUCGUUUGUCGAAAGUGACGCAAGCAGAGAGGUGGCCAAAUUUUGACCUAGUAGAGGGGUUCGAAAGUGGUCACGAAAAAUCUGCGAGCUGUGGGUGCGACUUGUCCUCCAGAAUGAGGUUCGCGUCAUCCUCCCUGUGCACGUCUGAGAUAUGGGAGAUGAGUGGCGUGAUGGUUCAGUGGUUAGAGCGCGAAGUUACUGACCAGAAGGUCCGUGGUUCGAAUCCGACCUCUGCAUCUAGACUUCUCCUGUCUUGGCUUGGGCAACCUGGCAGUAUCCCAGCCCUCGGGUGGCACGGCAGCUGUAUACCAAAAGGACAACUCUGGGGCAGAUUGCUGAAGGGAAAAAGUCAAACAAAUUUUUAUCUGGAAAUCAUCGUCGUCAGAGAGAGUGACAUUAGUGUUGACGAUGACGGUUUACUUCUGUACAAUCAAAAAGUUCAUUUAAUUAUGGUUAAAGUCUUGGAGUGA